CCGCCAUAUUUCAGACAAAACAGUUUCAGGACAGUGAGGACUAGCUCCACUGCGGAAAAGCUAGAAAGUGUGCACGCUCUUUUCUCUUCAUGAUCUGUGUGAUACUCUGAUGUUUGCUGGGGGUCAGUCCCUGCACAGCUAUUCAGCCUUACCCAAUCAGUGUCAGAGAGUAGACGACAAGCUUCAAAACACAGACAGUAAUACAGAUACUCAAGGUGCUUCUAAGAAGAGAAGAAGGAAAACAAAUCUUUGGCUUCACAGACCUAAGCAGCGAAACCCAAGACCAACAUCUCCAUACGAGGGGCAAGGGAGGGACAGUAUGUCUGUGAAUGGUUUCAGCACAGAGGAUGACAGUCGUCAAGGACACGACCAGAUUUGUUGUCUAAUUGAUAAUGGUGAGCGAUGUAAUAACAAUGCCGGGAAUGCUAGCUACAGCAAAAGAAUCCAAAAAACAGUCCAACAGAGGAAACUCAAGCUAGCACGAGAUGAUAGGGUCUCACAUAUUUAUAUCUGUGACUAUCAUAAAAACGUUAUUCAGAGCGUGAGGACAAAGAGGAAGAGGAAAGAUAGUGAAGAUGAGAAUGGUUCACUUGAUGGUUCUGAAGACUUACCCGAGAUUGACUUUUUCCAAAUGCCUGUGAAUACACUGAGGCGGUACAAAAGACACUUCAAGUUACUGACCAGACCAGGGAUGAACAAAGCUCAGUUAGCUGAUCAUGUAGCAAGACAUUUCAAGUCAAUUCCAGUGAUUGAAAAAGAGGCCUUAACCUAUUUUAUUUACAUGGCCAAGAACUACAAGAGUCGAUUUGAUCAGAACAUUUGGAGCAUGCUAAUUCUUAAAGAGUCCUCUGCCAUUAUGAGUUCUAGUUUGGUUGACAUGCUGAGUGACUGAGGAAGUGGGCAUGUAUGACAGAGAAUGUGAUCUACAGAGGUUUUACAAGGAUGUGAAUGUUGAGAGAUUUAGGGAGAUGUGAAUGUUGAUUUGAGGUAUGAGUUGAUUUAUGAGGCUGUGUGUUGAUUUACCAAGCUGUGAACGUGAAGAUGUUUGACAGCCUGACUGACCACAUUUAUCAAGUGCUUCUAUGGUGCUGUAUUACAUGAGUGAACUGUGAAUGUUAAAAUGUGAAUACUGAAAUGUAGUAAUAAAUGAAAAAAA